UCAACUCUUUUCUUUCUAUCCACUCUGGUCUCCCCAUUGCCUGCCAGCCUGCCUUGGUCUGAUCUCACCAGACUUAUUUCAUCCGAAAAGAAAAACCUCCAGAUUUCAGAAUGACCUCCACUUAUAAGACCACAUCUUACACCAUGAAGUCUUCCAGCGCCCCAAAGAGCUUCAGCAGCCGUUCCUAUGCUGGACCAGGCAGUGCCAGUUCCCACAGGAGCUACAAUGUCAGGAGUUCCAUUGGAGGAGGCAACAGGGGCUAUGGAGGUGGCAUCGCCAGCUCCUCUGCCUUUAGCGUGAGCUCAAGCAUGGGUGGUUCAGGCUUUGGAGGAGCUGCAAGCUAUGGUGGUGGCUUUGGAUCAGGUGUAGGCUUGGGCUUUGGUGGUGGCCCCCAGGUCCCUAUCGCCGCUGUGACUGUGAACAAGAGCCUCCUGGCCCCCCUGAACCUUGAGAUUGACCCCACUAUCCAAGCUGUCCGCACCCAGGAGAAGGAGCAGAUCAAGACCCUCAACAACCGCUUUGCUUCCUUCAUUGACAAGGUUCGCUUCCUGGAGCAGCAGAACAAAAUGCUGGAGACCAAGUGGAACCUGCUGCAGGGACAGACCACCACCCGAUCCAACAUCGACGCCAUGUUCGAGGCCUACAUCGCCAACCUGCGUAGACAGCUCGACAGCCUGGGAAAUGACAAGAUGAAGCUGGAGGCCGACCUGCACAACAUGCAGGGCCUGGUGGAGGACUUCAAGAACAAGUAUGAAGAUGAGAUCAACAAGCGCACAGAGUGUGAGAAUGACUUUGUCCUCAUCAAGAAGGAUGUCGAUGAGGCCUACAUGAAUAAGGUUGAGCUGGAGGCCAAGUUGGAGAGUCUGACAGAUGAGAUCAACUUCCUCAGGUCAAUCUAUGAAGAGGAACUUCGUGAGCUCCAGAGCCAGAUCAAGGACACUUCAGUUAUUGUGGAGAUGGACAACAGUCGCAACCUGGACAUGGACGCCAUCGUGGCUGAAGUCAGGGCUCAGUAUGAGGACAUCGCCAACCGCAGCCGUGCUGAGGCAGAGACAUGGUACAAGACCAAGUAUGAGGAGAUGCAGACAUCCGCCACCAGAUAUGGAGAUGACCUGAGGGCUACCAGGACAGAAAUCGCAGACCUCAACCGCAUGAUCCAGAGACUGACGUCUGAGAUUGAUGCCGUCAAGGGACAGCGUGCCAACCUGGAGGCCCAGAUCGCUGAAGCUGAGGAGCGCGGUGAGAUGGCAGUGAGGGACGCCAAAGCCCGCAUUAAGGACCUGGAAGAAGCCUUGCAGAGAGCCAAACAGGACAUGGCCCGCCAGAUUAGAGAAUACCAGGACCUGAUGAACGUCAAGCUGGCUCUGGACAUUGAGAUCGCAACCUACAGGAAACUGCUGGAGGGAGAGGAGGACAGACUCGCGACUGGCAUCAAGGCUAUCAACAUUUCCCAACAGAGCACAAGCUAUGGUGGUUAUCCCAUGGACAACAUUAAGAGCAGCUACUCUAGCAGUGUAAGCAGCGGAUUUGGCGGCGGAUAUAGCGGUGGCAGCAGCUACGGCGGUGGCUUCAGCAGUGGCUUUAGCAGCGGCAGCCCUGGCUACAUCACCAGCCAGAGCAAGAAGAAUGUUGUUAUCAAGAUGAUUGAGACCAAGGAUGGCAGAGUGGUGUCAGAGUCCUCUGAGGUCAUUGAGGAUUGAGCUGUCUAGUUUAGAGGUGUAACUACCUGUCUGCUAUGAUCUCCUCUCCCUCUCUGGUAGUUUUAUCCUUACAGUUCACCCCUGUCCCAAACUAUGAAGUAAAAUGCUUGCCAGCCACUCUCCAAUAGAACCUGAAGAUGUUUUUCAUGAAGCAAUACAUGAUCCUAACACGACCAAAGAUCUGAAAAAGGGACCAAAGAAUUCAUUUUGUAUGUUUGAUGUCUGACUGUCUGUACUAAAAAAGAAGUUUUAUCAUGGAAAAUGAGAUAAAAACUGAGCAAAUUGCAACUAUUGAAAGAACAUAUAUAUAUAUGCAACACUCCCUUGAAAUCUCGGCAACAGCUGUUCCAUACAUGAAGGGCUAUUUCAUCCAAAUGGUGUGGCAUAGACAGUGGUGUUUUCAAAGGAAUGUGAAUGUACUGAAACAGAGCUUCAGCCUUGUUGGUCAACUAAUGUCCUAAAAUUGCCUGCUACAGUAGGUAGUGCAUGUCUUCCCUAUGCGUGUCCUGUAACUGAAACUGUUCGACCCCUUAGGAGGCUGCCCUCAUCAUACUGUUGUCCUGAGGUGCUGUUUUUGCUACCAAACCAAAUAAAAUGUGUUUACUGAAA